AUGGGUGAUGUUGAAAAAGGCAAGAUCUUUAUUCAGAAAUGUUCUCAGUGCCACACAGUUGAAAAAGAUGGAUAGCACAAGACAGGACCAAAUCUUUGGGGUUUAUUUGGCCGCAGAACAGGACAAGCUGCAGGAUUUUCUUACUCAGAUGCAAACAAGAACAAAGAAAUUGUCUGGAGUGAGAAUACACUGAUGGAGCAUUUGGAAAACCCUAAGAAAUACAUUCCUCGUACAAAAAUGAUUUUUGCUGGAAUUAAAAAGCAGAAUGAAAGAGCUGAUCUUAUUGCACACUUGAAAAAAAGGCAUCUCUGUGUGUUUGUGCCCGAGCAGACCAGGCGAGACUGGCUAAAGCCCACCUUGCUGUCUGAGUUGGCACUGUGCAUCCACACCAAUAAAAGAUGCCCAAGGUCCUUGCUUGCGCGCUCGGGGUACGGGCCUGCCAGGCCUUCAGCGGCUCACGCGAUUUCUUUGUCUAAGUGGAGCGUUUGCACCAGCGUUGCGAAAAUGCAAAUGCCACUGGAAAGGCCAAGCAGCAAUUAG